AUGCUUCUGGGAAAGGUAGUUGCGAUUACAGGUGGUGUUACGGGAAUUGGACGUGCAAUUGCCGUUGGAAUGGCUGCCAACGGCGCUAAAGUUGUGGUUAACCAUCUUGAAUCACAGACUCAGCUUGCAAUGGAACUUGAAAAACAAAUGGGAAAGGAAAAUUUUUUGGGAGUGGUUGGUGAUAUUUCUAAACCCGAAACCUCGGAUAAUUUGGUUAAGGAAACUGUCGCUAGGUUUGGCCACCUUGAUGUAUUUGUAUCCAACGCUGGGAUUUGCGAAUUCGCUGAGUUCACGGAGAUCAACAGGGAAACUUACUACCGCACGAUAGAUAUCAACCUCAACGGAGCAUUCUUUGCCAUACAGGCUGCUGCCAAGCAGAUGAAGUUGCAAGGUAAAGGUGGAAGUAUAAUAGCAGUGCUGUCCAUCUCUGCGCUUGUUGGUGGAGCCUUUCAGACUCAUUACACACCAACCAAGGCAGGCAUUCUCUCCUUGAUUCAGCUGACAGCAUGUGCACUUGGUAAGUAUGGAAUCAGAUGCAAUGCAUUACUCCCAGGCACCAUCAAGACGGCGUUGAAUGAAGAGGAUUUGAGCGAUCCGGAAAAGAGAGUAUAUAUGGAAGGUCGGAUUCCUUUGGGAAGGCUAGGCGAGCCCGAGGAUCUUGCCGGACCAGCAGUGUUCUUGGCUAGUGACAUGUCAAAGUAUAUGAGUGGAGCACAACUUUUGGUGGACGGAGGAGCGUUUGUGAAUUUCCAAUAG